AUGUCUGAUGAUCAAACUGAACUCAUAAAAUCAAAAUUAGCAUCAAUCAAUAUCACUGAUGAUAUAAAAGAGAGUUUACGACUAAUCGAAGAUCUUAAAUUUUUUUUAGAUACUGCUCCUGCUAAUUGGCAGAAAAAUCAAGUUAUACGAAGAUAUUACUUAAAUCAUGAUGAAGGAUUUGUCAGUUGUAUCUUUUGGAAUAACCUUUAUUUUAUCACUGGUACUGAUAUUGUUAGAUGUAUCGUUUAUAAAUUUCAACACUUUGGUAGGAAGAUUUUAGAUCGGAAAAAGUUCGAAGAAGGGAUUUUUUCCGAUUUAAGAAAUUUGAAAUGUGGUACUGAUGCUAUUUUAGAACCUCCUAAAUCAGAAUUCUUGAAUUUUUUGUAUAAAAACAGUUGUUUAAGAACUCAAAAGAAACAAAAAGUAUUCUUUUGGUUCAAUGUCCCCCAUGAUAAAUUGAUGGCCGAUGCUCUUGAACGAGACAUCAAAAAAGCUAAAUCAGGUCAACAACCAACUACCAUUCCUGACAGAGAGCCUUCCGUAAGUUUUGAUUUCUCCGAAGAGCAAUUAUUGUAUCAUGAAUUAGUUGGUCAAGGUUUACUCAAACCUGGAGGGUCAGCUAAUGACACUACUGAUGAUGCCAACACUACAACAUCUACAACUUUGAGUAGCAACAAUGCUGAUGAUCAAACCCAUGAUCAAACUGAAGCUAGUGAACAAACCAUCAAUGCUGAUGAUAAGGUUAAUAAAACCGAAUCAAAAAAAUCUGAUAAAAAAGACAAGCCCAAGAAGAAGGAUAAAGUUAAAUUUGAAAAACCUGCUUCUUCACCGGAAUACACAACUACCAAUUUAAACAAGCUUGAUGAUAAUUUUGCAUUUUUAAAUCAAGAAACUCCUGAUAAAUUCAAAAACGAUUCCGAUGAAGAUGAAGAUGACUUUCCGUUGGACUAUUUUGAAGAGAAUUCGAACGAUUAUAUAACCAUUGAUCCUUCUAUAUCGAAUCAUCCAUUUUUCGAAGAAUAUCCUCCUUAUUCAACCAAUCAAGUGGUGGUAAAUGAUGAAUUUUUAAUCGAACAAACUUUACCACUUAAGACACCUUUACCCGUCCCAUUCUCAGCUAAAUUCCCCACAUCGUCAAACCCUGAUGAGUAUUACAAUUUCCCACCAUUAUCCGGUCGUUACCAAAGUUUCCCUAGAAUGGAUCAACCAUUGUCUACCGGCCAACCAUUUCCGAUGUUGCAACCAUUAUCCGCAAAUCAACCUUUCUAUCCUUUUACUCCGAGUCAGUAUCAACACUUUCCUUCAUCAACACCAACCCAGCCAUUCCAUCCUACUCAGGGUCAAAAUCAAACAGCCAGUUCCCAGUCUGCAAAUCAAGGUCAGAAUGCCCUGAGUUCAACACAAGUGGGGUCUUCCUCAGAGGAAUCUUCAACUCAACGAACCGUCACUCAACCAAGUUCUAGCCAAUCUGCUACCCAAGGACAACCAUCGCAAGGGCAAAAUCAAGGACAACUUCCUCCCGUUCAGGAAUAUUGGCCAUACGAUCCAUCUAUGGUAAACCAACCCGUCAUGGUGAUGAAUGAGAAUUAUGAACCUGUUUAUCAGGUAAUGAAUCCUCAUGCGUUCUAUCCACCUUACCCACAACCUCCUCAAAUAUCGGCUCCCCCACCGCAACAUCAAUCAAGUCAUCAAUCGACAUCCUCAGUAUCAAACAUUCCUUCCGUUACAGGUCCUCCAACUACAACUCAAACUAUCACCAUUCCUUCACAUGGUCCAAUGGCUGCCACAUCUUCACCGUACGCCACUAGUUUUGGUGGUUAUCCUUACAUCAUGAGUCCAAAUUUCCAAGGACCUUCUCAACGUCAACAAGCUAUCAGUGCUACAAUGAUGAUGAAGAAACGUCAAAUGUUUAAACCUCCUCCUUUAGCUUCCCCAUCUGGCACCAUUGCUGGUCCUUCAACUACAACUUCAUCUGCGGGUCCUUCAACUUCCACAAGCUCAGACCCUUUACAAAUCUCAGGUAAACGUGUAAGUAAACCAAAAUCAAAGAAGCCUCGUGAUUUGAAAGAUUCCGUUACAAAAGCUUUGGAACCUCAUUCGAAGAAAGAUUAA